GGUAAUCAAUUUCUCAAGCAAGAUCUCUUUCGCGCACGAGUGAUUCUCCGCGGGUCGAAGAGAGUCUACUUCCCGUCCGUGUAUCUCUCUGCCAUCACGUUUUCCCAUCUGUUCAUCUGUUAAUGGAUCUUUUUUCUUGCCGGAGUGACGGCCCUUCUGAGCGCUGAUGAUACUUCUUAAUCUUCUUGAAGUGGCCUGCCUACCCCUACAUUGUCAAGCAUUUCGCGAUCUUUCCCCGUCUGCAGCUGUCGGACGGAAAAGUCAUAUUUCCUGUUCAUACAUUGGUCCAUCCCUUUACUCUCUUGUUCCAGUCUUCUUACAGUAUCUACCCAGGCGCCGUAUUUCUUCGAGUGGUUCCUCUCGUUUCUGCUCGACAAGUCGGCUGCCGGUGGAGAGAGAGAGAGAGAGAGCGAAGAAAGUAGUAGAGGCGUAAAGGCGGGGUAACAGUGGCUUCGUGAAAGAGGAAGGGUGCAUGUCGUGAGAGGAAGGGUGAUUUUACCUUGUGCAAUUUGGCGACGCGAGUGUGGACUGGUCUUAUUAGACGUACGUAUGCUAUGCGUGGAAUGGUUUGGGGAGCGCUUGGCCGAGUCGUGGAGAACCCUAACGAUACACGAUAACGAUAUACGAUGGCAUGUCGCGAUACCGGAGAAGAGCAGUGUCGUGACACGUGGCGCUGCUGUGACGCCAUCCCGAAGAAUCUGCGAAUUGUAAAGUCGGGAUCUUCUCCAGGCCGGUGCCGCGACGAGCAGAUUCUAAAUUACCGGUCGUUGUUAAGAGCGUCCUCCCCGACCGUUCUUUUGUCGUCUGCCAGACGACGAAGCAGAAGGUUCCUUGCUUCCCCUCGCGGCGAGAGCAGGGUUGAAGGCGCUUUCGUUUCUCCCGUGGCAGGAACAGGAAGCAGCAGUGGGUGCGGGAGCAGAGGAAUUCAAGGAAACAGAAGGCGGCCAGGAGCAGCAGUAGUGGAGGAGACACACCUCCGCCAGCGGGGAAGAAAAGCAGCCUUAGUUGUUGUAGUUGUAGCAGGAGGAGGAGGAGGAGGAUCAAUCGUAGUCGCCACGCGAUCCUCGCGGCAUUGUCACCUGUCAGCCGCCAACAUCCGCCGGUCGGCGCGCAAGAUAUUGGGUGGCACGAUGAGACUCUUGGGACCUGCGCACGGCGAUGGCAUGGGGCCUGUGAUUCUUGCCAUCCUGUCGGCUUCGUUGCUAUGCACAGCCGGGGUUUUCGGCAUAUGGUGGCACCUCGGGGAUGACCGCAACUUCUGUACGAUGACGUACAUGUACCCUAAGUAUAUCCAGAUCGAUGCGACGGUCAACUCUUCCCAAGGCAGUGGCGGGAACUCAGGGUCGUCAUUUUCGUCGUCCCGCUUUUCGCCCUCGUUCCGGGCGUCCGCCCGCCGCCUUUUCCCCUCCUCUCGAAAAUCUUCCGCCGCUGUGCUCUCCCAUUACAGGUUGUAUUACUACCACGAGGGCUGGAGAACGGUCAAUGAGAACGUGCUCUUGAGGCGCUUGCAUGGAGUGCCUGUGCUCUUCAUUCCCGGGAACGGCGGCAGCUACAGGCAGGUGCGAUCCAUCGGCAAGGAAUCUCACUCUGUGUUCACCGAGAAUGUGCGCGAUGAGCCGUUCUUCACUCGCAGCACGCGCAGCCGCUCGGACGUGGAAUGGCCGCCCAACUCUCCCUCGGGAAACCCUUUCUUGUCGAGAUACAGGAAUUCGUUGGAUUGGUUCAUGGUCGAUUUCGGCGAGGAACUGUCGGCGUUUGACACGUGGAUCUUGGAGAAGCAGACGGAGUUCGUUGCGCGCUCUGUCGAUGUGAUUCUCUCCUUGUAUGGCAAGACCCCGGAAUCCAAUGCGCAAAUGAUGAGGGCGCGGGUACAGAAGCCGGAGACGGUGAUUUUGGUGGGCCAUUCCAUGGGUGGCGUCGUCGCGCGCGCGGCUGUGAUUCAUCCUGCUUUGCGGGAAGGCACAAUUCAAACCAUCGUCGCGCUCUCCUCACCGUUGCGCGCCGCACCCCUAGCUGCUCAGCCUUCCUUAGGAAGGUUCUACUUACAGAUGAACGACCUCUGGCGCCGCGGCGUUGAUCCAUCCUCCUCCUCCUCCUCCUCCUCCUCGUCGUCGUCUUCGGCUCCUCUGGCGAACGUUGCCGUCGUGUCCAUAGCCGGUGGGUAUCGCGACAGUCAGGUCCGGUCCCGACUUGCCAGCUUGGAUGGCAUUGUCCCUCCCUCCAAUGGACUGAGUCUUUUCUCCGAGAAUGUGCCCAACGUUUGGCUCUCAACCGAUCACCAGGCCAUUCUGUGGUGCAAUCAGUUCAUCGUGCAAUUAGCGAAGACGCUGAUGCAGCUUGUGGAUCCGACCACCGGGCAGGAAAUAUCUUCUUUGGAGGACAGGAUGAGCAUUCUGGAAGCGAAUCUCCGCAGUCCCCUGCCUUCGAUCCUCGGAAGAUCGGUGGAUGUUUUGUCACUUUGGCGAGGCGGUCCUGAACAAGACGACGGCGACGAGCAACAGCAGGCGGAAAGAAGAGGCAAAACCUCAUCGUCCACUUCUUCCUCCUUUCUUUCGUCCGGGAACCGCUCUUCUUCUCUCUCUACUACCGCCGAUUCCCGCGGCGAGGGAAGAACUCUUCUUCAAGUGCGGGACGAAGACGGCGGCAAGGGCGGUACUCGAUCGGAGGCUGGUCACAGCGGUGGCGGCGAGGAAGUAUCGUCAGCAACAGGAAACGACGUACGCCCCUCCGCCGCCUCUGGUUCGCACCACUUAUCGCGACUGCUGCAUAGUAAAGGAGGACAAGAAGUGGGAGAGAGCGUUGCUGACGGCGCCAGAGUGGCAUCGGAUAGAUCGGCAGUAGCAGUGGGGAGAGGAAGGAGUACUUCGAUGAUGGGAUGCGGCGGCUCCCGGCGACUGGAGGCACUUAGAGAGCAAGUGAGGGAGGGCGACGAUCAGCGGCGGAAAGUGGCGGAGGCAGUGGGAGAGCUGCGCAACGUUGCGGAAGGUGGUGAGGAGCCGCGUCACGGGGACGGAGGGGGAGGUGCGGUUGCUCAGGACAGCAUCACCGAGAGCAAGAACUUUUCCUCGCUGUCUGCUGUCAACGUGAAGGGUGGGCCCUCGUCGUUGUUGGCGGCCGCCGAUGCACAGUCGCUGUUCGCCUGCCCGCCUUCGGUGAAAUGGAAGGUCGAUGCAACGAAGCCGGACUUGUUUGUGGAGGGUGUGGCGACCAUGACUGUGCUGGCGGGCGAUGGGAGAAGGAGGUGGAUGGACAUACAAGCAAUGCGCGAGCAGGGCAGAGAUCAUUUCGCGCUGGUGACGAAUCUUGCGCCUUGCGGCGGGAUUCGCGUCCACUUGUGGGAGAGAAACAGGUCGACGACUGCGGAGUCGCGAUCGGGAUCGGUGUCGGAAAGGGGAUUGGCGGGGGAGGAAGCCCCCACCGAGAGCGCGGCUCCCCGCGUGGUAGAGGUGACGCGACGAUUCUUGCAGCUGCCCGCUGCGUCGUCGCAGACGGUUCGACAGCCAGAGCCUGGGGCGCAGACCGAACAGCCCCCCCCCUCUGCGCUACUGUUGCUGACACGCGCCGACAUGGAUGGGUUCCGCUACGUGACGAUAUCGGUGGCGCCAAGGGAGGCGCUGGGUUGGGGAUCGGGGGGCGGCCAAGUCCCCGCAGUGGUUAUGGUUGUGGCGCAGUUUUACGACUUCUCCAAGUCCUCUCUCCCGCGUCCUAGGAGCUGGAUCCCGACCUCACAUUUGUGGAGAGAGAGAGUGAUCAAACUCGAUGAAGGAGAUCACCCGAUGAUGUUGAAGAUACCAUUGUCGGUAGAUCCCGCUUGGCUGCCGCUGCGGGUUUCGGCGAUGGCGACUUCCUGCGGCGAGGGACCGUUCUGGGCAGAGCAACAGAAAAAGGGGUUGGGGUGGGGAGGAGGAGGAGGAGGAGGAGGAGGGGGCAUCGCAAAAGGCAUUAGCAUCUGCAACAGCCUCUGCUUUCCUCCGCUCAGCGUGGUCUGGAGUGCGUCUUUGCCCGAUGAGAUCACGUCUCUCAGCCGGCACCAAGGCGUAUUGGUGCUCGAAUCAAGCUCUUUGAUCUGGGGAGGCGGGCCUGUCCGUUCCAGGAGAGGAGUAGGCGGCAGUGGCGGCGAUGCCUUCUCCUCCUCGUCAUCGGGAGCCACGAGCUCACGCCAAACGCGGGCAUCUUCAUCCGCCGCCGGGAAGUCCCCCACCGGACCCGCUUCCCUCCUUGUGCUGUUUACCAACCCGUCGUGCCGGUUCGAGGUGCGAAUUAGCCCUCUACCGACGAUGUCGAUCGGGUGGUUGCUUUUGGCACACGCUCCCCAUAUGGUCGGGAUGGCGAUCGCGGUCGGGCUGUUUGCGAUGAAGUCUCAGGUCCCGUCUUUGGAUUUGUCGUCGUCGUCGUCUCCGCCUCAGCUCUCCUUCCCCCCCCGACCGAACCGCUCGCUGAUGUUAUCCCUAAGGGAGGUUCUCGGAUCGUGUCUGCCGGGGGCAAACCUCAUGCUGUGGGGAUUGCCGACGCUGACGGCGUUCUUGGUGCUCUGGUUGACCAACCAGCCCGUCCCAUCUCUGCUCACCUUUGUGAGCGCUGCUUACCUCGCCAUGGUGACCGCCUCCGGCGGUGUUGCCAUCGUGGCGGUAGCAACCAUGUCGAUGCUGGAAGCGACCGCGUGGUGCCACGUCAGAGGACGAGCGAUCGCGAGGCGGUGCUGCGCCUGGAGCCGAUGGGGUGUGCCACGUGUCGGUGGCUGCGUGACCCCCAGCGGAACGGGCAGGUAUCGCCGCUUGAUUCUGUUGCAGCAAAACAUGCAGGCGAAGAGCUUCGUCGCUGUCGCCAUGCUCGCCCUGGCUACGAACCUUCUGGUGCAUCCCGCCGUCGGUAUGUUGAUCUUGCUCUGCUGCGAGGUCUGGGAUCUCUACUGUUCUUUCUGUAGGCAUCGGUUUGCCAGGAGGAGUGAUGCAAAGGGAGGAGGCGUUUCGUUCGGGAGCCUGGACCCAGGGUCGGCCAAGAAGGCUGCCGACUCUUACCCUUCGUCGUUUCCUUCGUCUGUCAAUUCUUCUUCGAACGCGAUGGUCAUGCUGAGCUCGGUGGGGAUGGGUGAGCAUCAGCAGCCCGGGGGGGGCGCGAUGGGAGGAGGAGCGCGGCCGAAGAAGAACGGCGAUGAUGCGGGAUCCGUGACUGUGUUCGACAUGGGAACCCGCGUGCCGGUCGCGCCGGCGGAAUCGGUGGAAGGAGGGGGCGGGGCGCAGUUGCUUUCCAUUGGCAGUAGCAAUGGCUUGGGAAAUCCAGGCAUCGGGAAAGGGCGGCAGCUUAAAGGUGGAGCUGGAGUCGUGGGAGGGGCUCUUGCGGCUGUUGGGGACGAGAGAGGGGUGUUAGGCGGAGGGGCUGGAGGGGGAGGAAGUGUAGAGCACGCGGGUGGACUGGCGGGAUCCGGGGGCGGGGGAGGGAGUGCGUGGGUGGGUGCGGAAGCAGCGGAAGUGGACAGGGCGCGGCAUGUACACGGGCUGGUGGUGGUGCACCUGUUCGUAACAGGGCUGUUGUUUCCGUCCCUCGUGGCGUACAUGCAGAGACCGGCGCGCUCGCGCCCGCUCUUGUCGCCGGACUCGAUCGUAUUCUUACCAAUCAUCAUGCAGGGGUUGAUGGCAUGCCGAGGGAGCAGCAAUGGCAGCAAGGGAGCAGCAGGUAGAAACGAAGGGGGCGGUGUCAGCGCUGUCAUCCCCUCGGCGGUAUCUCUGUUGCCGAUGUGCGGCCGGAUCAGUUUGGGAACGGUUUAUGGCGCGAGUGGUGUCUUUUGCUACAUGUCCGGAUGGCUCAGUCUGCAUUGGGCAUUCUACGCUCUGGCUGCCGUUGGGGUUGCCUCUGUUGUCGCCCGCCUGUUUGGGCGACAAAUCCGCAGAACAGAGAGACAUGAACAUCAUCAUUAAGGGACAUCAUCUCCCUUCAAUACUGGCCUUUUAUCUUCAUUCCACGAUUUCUGUCUUCCCCGGUCUCCCCUCUCUCUCUCUCUCUCUCUCUCUCUCUCUCUCUCUCUCUCUCUCUCUCUCUCUGUCUCUCUCUCACUUCUCUCUCUCACUUCUCUCUCUCACUUCUCUCUCUCUGUGCUCUUGUCUGUCUGUCUCUCUCGCAUUUCACUAGACCCUUCGCUAUUUCCGAGUUUGCGAAGCUGUCUGGUUUGUCUCUCUGUGUUAGGGAUGAGAAGGUUUGCGACCGCCGACUGAACAUAGACCCAUUACUGGGCCUCUCGCGGGUGCGAUGGCCCUCGUUCUGCCAGGUCGUCGGCACCGGUGCCAGAUCUUAUACAGAGUAUAGCGUCUUCAAUCAGAUUUCAUUGUUGAAGAUGUAAGGCAGGAGUCAUGGUGGGGUGGCUGGUUAGCUAGUGAGUUGAAGGGUAAUGAUUUUGCAACUUCUUUUUGUUCUUUAAUAGAGGAGUGAGUGCGUAUUCAGCCGUUCUGUGUGGGGGGUUGCAGCGAUAGAGGCGAUCGACCAAGUGCCUUUUUUUCUUGUCAAGCUCGUUUUCAUAGCACCAUUCUUUCCUUUCCUGUUUUCUGGCAUUUGCUAGCAUGAGCGGCGAUUCCGCAUCUUUGUUUCUGCUUCUGGCGCCAUCAUCUUUUCAACGACCUCUGUGUGUGUGUGUGUGUGUGUGUGUGUGUGUGUGUGUGUGUGUGUGUGUGUGUUUCUUAUCCCAUUUCUUGAAUGUCCUCUUUCACUCACCUUCGCUCAUGUCUUGCGCUGCCUUAUGGCACGCAUUUGUUUGUUUUUCAUGCUGGUGAUCUGUGAUGUUGCCGUUCGUCGGUCCAUCUUUCUCACUAAUGGAGGGUCACACCUUUUGUACUUUCGUUCUUCGCUCCCUCUUUCCAUGUGCGUCCGUCUCUCUGGUGCUUCAUGGCAACCUCUUCUUGUAAAUGGACGCUCAAUCUUGAAUGUCCUUACCUUGUGGCCACCCAGUUAAACAAACAGAACGCAUCAGCUGGGCACGCCUGUUGCGCUUCGCUGGGAAAUCCUACAUUCUCUUAGUUCAGUAUCUCGAACAUGCUGGGCGGCUUCCCCCCCCUUCUAUGUUCUGUCGCAGUCCUUCGCCUUUUGUCUUAUACUGUUCACCCGGCAAUGACCAGUUUUCGAUUACAGGUGCACCUGUCUUUUUGUGUGGGUGUGUGGGUGUGUGGGUGUGUGGGUGUGUAGGUGCGCUUGUGUGCAAGAGCGAGCGAGCGAGCGAGCGAGAGAGAGAGAGAGAGAUGGCAGCGUAGGACACGACUUUUCAUUGUUUUUUGUUGCAGCCUUGGAUUAUCGGUGGAGAGAGGUCGUUGAACGGCUACCGGUAGUUACAUGCAUUUAAAGAUCAGGUGCAGAGGUAUAGGAAGUUGGGUACGGUUUGUCCUCGAGCACACGGGAAGAAGGGAGCAAUGGACUCACCUAUACCCACUGACCUGCUUGAUAUGGCUCAUCACUCCCUGCUUGAGCCAAUGCUAUUCCGGCCCCCACGUGGAAGGGUGGGUGCUGUAGAUCCGAAGUUUGUUAAGGUGGUGAUGAGGCGAGAGUAGCAAUCGAGGAAAUCCUGGUGCUGCAUCGGCUGACUUUGGCCUUGCCCGCUUCUGCUUUUAUAUUGUGGCUAUUGAUAUUCAUUGUCUGAAUGCCAACGGCUGCUGCCUUCUGCUGUUGCUGUUGCUGGUGCUAUUGCUGCAAAAUCCUCUCACGGCUGUGGUGCAGCUCUGCUGCUAACUACCAACACUACAGUUUUUUGUUGAUGGCGAUUAUUAUGAUGAUGAUGAUGAUGUCAGUGAUGAUGCUGGUUUGUAUCCGUUUUUGUUUCACUGCAUGCUCAAGCCCGUCUCUUCUGGCAGCUCUUUCUGGACAGUAGCCUUGAGUAGCUCAGCUCUGCGCGUGGUUUCCGUUCUGGAAAGCACCCGCUUGAAGAAGCCGAAGGUCAACAAAGCACGUCGCCAAGAGUUCAGAGGGUCCACUUGUCGUCUGCCCCAAGUUAAUUCAUUGACAGAUCUGAUUGCGCCGGUCCGGUUGUGUUGCCAUCCUCUCCAAAUGAUUCCCAAAGCGUUCUGGUGAAGAAUUUGUUUCAUUUUGAGUUUACAGUGUAGUGUACUGUUCUGCAGACGGAUGAUGAACAAUGCAACGGCAAUCAAAGUCGAGUGUUUCCAUGUGUUUCUGCUCUACGGUAGGCGUGCACGGCCUCAGACGCCGAGAGUUCGGAGGACCUUGAGAGUGCAUAUUUGCAUUGGAACAUUUAGUACAUAGUGGCACUGGGGCAUCUCGCAAUGGCAUCUGGUUUCAGUCACUGCUGCUUCAGUCAAGCUAGCUCAAAGAUGGAGAUAGCUACAAGUGCAUGUGUGUAUGCUGGGUGUACCAGAGACAAGUGUCCUAGAGGGCAGGGUCCACAGUGUAGGAGCAUGCAGAAAGUAGAGGGUUGGGGGCUGUUGCACCCUGGCUACCCUGUUCCUUGUUUAAAAUAUGGAUGUUUUCUGAUUCUCUCGCCCCCCUCCCCUCCCAUACUGUCUUCCCUUUUGUUCAUCUUUCUCACCGCCUUAGCUUUUGCCAGUCUUCAUUGGAAUUGGUGUCCUGGCACGCGGUACUCUGAGAUCUAUUCUGUACUGUCUUUGCAACCAACACCUUAACAACAGGAGUAUGGAGGGAGGAGAGAGGGUUGGGGGCUGUUCCACCCUGGCUACCCUGUUCUAUGUUUAAACCACCAGUACUUUCUAAGGUUGGGGCCGUAAACAAGCCACGCUUUUAG